CCCCGUCAGCAGCCAGCGACCAGCAGACAGAGCUGGAAAGAUGGCGGCCGGUUCUGGGGCUGCAAGCGGCCACGGACCUCGCGGCUCCACCGCCGCCCUGGAAGCGUCUUUGGACCGGAGGUUUCAGGGAGUAUCCAACACCAUGGAGUCGAUACAGGGACUUUCGACGUGGUGCAUUGAAAACAAGAGGAGCCACGGCCUCAUCGUGCGCUACUGGAUGAAGUGGCUCAAGAAAUCUGAUAACAAUCAUCGCUUGAAUCUCUUCUACCUUGCCAAUGAUGUGAUACAAAACUGCAAAAGAAAGAACGCCAUUGUCUUUCGUCCAGCCUUCGCGGAGGCCCUUCCUAAUGCAGUUCUGCUCAUUAAAGAUGUAAAGGUACGGAGGUCAGUGGAAAGGAUCCUUACAAUUUGGGAGGAGAGGAGUGUGUAUCCCGAGGAGGUCAUCGCCCAGUUGAAAGCCAACUUGAACAAAAGGGAAAAGGAGCGAGAGAAGCAAAAGGAGAAGGAAAAAGAGAGGGAAAAGGCAAAGGAAAAAGCAAAAGAAAAGGAGAAAGAAAAGGAGAAAGAAAAGGCAAAAGAAAAGGAGACUUCACCUGCAAAUGCCCCAGCUAACACCAAAGCUGCCCUCAAGUCCAAGAUUGUGGCCGAGUUCACACCUCACUCCCUCGUAGAACAGUUGUCGAGACAUAAGAGAGAAGUCGCAGAAGAGGAGUUCAGGGAGAAACAGCUGGCAGCUCUCAGGGUGGAUGUCUGCAGCACAGAGGCCCUCAAGAGACUUAAAGAUAAGGCAGGAGGGAACAAGUUUGCAAAGGACGUUGAGGAUGGCAGUUUGAAGCUGCAGGAGUUUGUCAGCUUCCUGGAGAGCGAGUUGCAAACGGGGCCUCCUCUGCUGGAAGCUUUGGGAAAUGCAGACAUUUUCUAUGAGAUGCAGUACAAGGAGGUUAAGAUCGUGGCCAAUGCGUACAAUGCCUUUGCCAACCGUGUGGCCAGUCUUAAACGAAAAUUGGAUUCUCUGAAGUCGACUCUACCUGGACCUGAGGACUCGCCCAUCCCCUCACCCUCUGAAGAUGCCCCCUCCCCGACUGGCUCUGACUCACCCUGGGGGCCUGGGGCUAGCAGAGCCCAGGUGGAUCCAGAGCUGGAUGGCAAGGCCAUGGAUGACGGAGAAAUACACACUGACAACAGGGACAUGGAGGACAUGGAUAUGUCUGAUGAAGAGGCUGCAGCAGCAGGAGAUGAGAAGAAGGACAAGGCGUCCGCAGCUGUUUCCAAGGCUGCAAAGUCAGAUUCGGCGCCGAAACUGCCGUCUACACCGACAAAAGCUUCUAAGACAAAUUCAACCGCUGCUGUUACAGCCACCCCAGUGACUCCGACCUCGGCCGCUGCUCAAAGUGCCCCAGCGACCCCGCUUGGGGUCAACCUGGCGAAGGUGGACUUAGGAAAGAUCAGCUCCAUUCUCAGCUCCCUCACGUCAGUCAUGAAGAAUACAGCUAGUCCGUCACCCCGGCCGUCUCCCGGGACUCCUACCACCCCCUCCGCCCAAUCAGCAGCCUCCAAAGUGACCCCUCCGAGCCCGGCCCUGGCCAGCAUCCUGUCACGUGUUGACAUCACACCUGAGGGAAUACUCAAUGCUCUCUCUAAGACAAACACACCAGGUUUGUCUUCUCUCCUGCAAAGUGUGACAAACUCUGCCUCUGCUACUCCCACCCGAACCUCCCCAGAAUCAUCAACAGUCAAAACCCCACUCACCCCCACCACCCCAAAAACCAAACCCAGUCUGGGGAACAGCCUGAAGCGAGAUUCAUCGGGGAGAACCAGAGACUGGGAGAAGGAGCGACAGCUGUCCCCUCCUCCUCCACCUCUUCCCCGCACCUCAGCUCCUUCUGUCUCUCCCCCCAGCUUAGAGUCAAAAAUCAACAGUUUCUUGCAGGGUAAUCCAGGUUUUAGUCUCGCUCUAGGUGACGCCAGUCCUGAUGGUGUGGAUGGGACUCCAGUGAGAGAUGAGGCUGCUGGCACCCCGACCCAGGAUGAGAUCAUGGACACACCUGGGAGUUUGCCAGAAUCUCUAGGGUCCUCUGGAGGUCAUAACCUCUCACCCACAGCCUACCGCAGUGAACCCUGGGAUGCUGUGAUCACCCCGUCAGGAAGCAACAGUGAUGGAGUCCUCCUGGGCUCCUCUUCUUCCCGAUAUGGAGCUGGGAAAAAGAGCAGCACGAAAAUAAAGGACGAUGAAGCGAUGAAUGUAAGGAGGCAGGUCUCCUCUUCCCCCAGUAAUGACAUGAAGGGUAAGAAAGAAAGCCAGUUGAGGAUGAUGGGCAUCAACAGAGCGAUGGGAGAGCGGAGACUGUCUGCAGGCUCACGUAAGAUGAGCACCGGCUCAGACGACGGAAGUCUGACCGGAAAAAGAGACGACAAGGGGAAAAGUCAAGAGUCUCCAGGCAGGGAUGGGAAAGGGGGUCAGUACCAUCGUAUUGAGACAUUAGUGUCGCCGUGCACUGAAGGGGCACCCAUCCAAACUCUAGGCUACUCCAAUCGGCCUCUCGCUGGAGAGCGCAUCAAGACGGUAGAGAGCAUACGCGUGAUUGGUCACGGCUCUCGGCGAGGAGGGGGCGCCGGCGGUCGGCCAGGCGGCGCAAUGUGGUAUGAAGAGGAAGAAUACAUGGAAGCUCCACCCCACUCACCCCACGGGCCCCCCCCUCCCCUUAACAUUGGCCAGGGAGGCUCCGAGAACAUGACUCCUUCCAUGCCACCGCCUCACCCACAACUCCUCCUCCCCCCUCAUCUUCACCCUCCUCCGCCCCAUCCUCAUCCUCACCCACAUCCCCUUUCCCAAUCUCCGUUCCAAAUGCCGUACCACACGGAUCGCAUCCACACCCCUCCACCGUCACUCCUCCACCAGCAUCCUCCUCAUCCAUCCUUUUUCAGCAGUCCUCCACCGAUCCCUCGGCCCCCUCCACCCCCCUUACAACAGCACCCCUCUGUGCCCUCUGCUGUCAUGGUGGGAGGAGUGUUGGUCCCUGUGGACCGGCCUCUAUCUCUUCCUCCCCCAAUCAGACCUGAAGGUGCUGAGCGAGGCGGAGUGGGGACCAGAGGCAACAAAGUGGCUCCUCCACCCCUCAUGACAUCGUUGCUAGGUGAACCCCCGAAGCUGCCCCGUCCUGGCACAGUUAAAGAGCAUUUUGUCCCACGCCAUGCACCCCCUCUCCACCGCCCAGGCACCCCUGGUGUUCCUCCACCUUUACUGGGCAGAGUGAAGGAACCUCUGAAUCUACCUCUUCCAUCCCCCUCUCCCUCUCCCACAUCCUCCACAACCUCUCCCUCCACGCCAAAUUCCCCUGCAGUUGACGCUGGUCCCGGUCGCCUCUCAUCUCAGUCCACUGGCCCUCCUCUCCAGAAACCCCCCACUAGUCCUCCAGCUCAGCCCCGCAACCAAACCUCUAACCCUGUUCCCCUCCUCAACUUACCCACUACCCGGCCGCCAAUGCUUUCAGGCCCCAUCUCACAGAGACCUCUGCUGCGAGGCCGAAAUCCCUCUCACCAUCACAACCAAGAUCUCCCCAUGAGGGGGUUUCAUGGGGGCAAGCGGCCCGGUCCUCCUUUCACAGGUGGUCCUUUCCAUCAUGGCCAGAAGAGACCCUUCCUACCCCCACGCUACUGAAGUGGUCAUCUACAACAAGCUGAAUGAGAAGUGCAAGCCACACAUCUAGCAGCAGCGCAGUGUGUGUGUUAGCCCCACUGGUAUGAGCCCAGAUAUCUUUACUCUGUUAAUUAGCUUGAAUUAAAACUCCCGUGAGUCGUGUGUAAAUAGCAGAUUAAAUCGUUGUGCUUCAACUCGGUAGCCAGCCAGUCAACUUAAACUGUACAGCUACGAGGUCAACAGUUACAUAGUGCAGAGUGUUGUGUAAGAAGCCUCAAUAUGUCCCCUCUCCCCCAUUUCUCCAUAAACAGUAGAAAAACAUUUCAGUAGGUCUGGUUCAUGACUGACAUUAGCACAGGAAUAAAACAGAUAGUUGAAGCAGAAAGGAAACUAUAUAGAGUUAGUCUACCUGUGUGAUUGUUGAGUUACUCUACUUGAGAGAAAGAGAAGGAAAAAUAAAAGGCUCGUCCUCUUGUAGGAUAGAGAGGAAAAGAAACUAGAGGAAAUAGUUUGAUGAAAUAAGCUUAUUUGUUUUCUUGUUGAGAGUCGGACGAGAAGAUCGGUCUAUCUGUCCGCUAAAAAUGAAGCUACAACCAAAAGCCAAUUAACUUUAGAUAAUAAGCAGCUGAGUUAAGCAUAAAACCAGGGAAUGGGGAAAGGGUUAUCCUGGCUCUGUUCAAAGGUGAAUCUAAUUUACCUGCACCUCCUAAAAGGUUAUUUCUCAUUUUUGUUCAAUCUGUACAAAAAACUGAAGUGUGAAAACAAGUUGUGGGUUUUUGGGGGGAUAAUUUCGUUGCUGGGCGCGAUGACCUCACUGAGCCUCAGCUGACGAACCCCAGGGCAACGGCAGGACUCCAGGAAGUCCCUGCUCACCAGAAUGUUGUCACCUUCAGAAAGAACCAGGCCAGUUAUUUCCCCAUUUAUAGUCUUAAUGCUAACCUAAGGUAACUGUCUUUUAUCACCAGCUUCAUAUUUAAAAGGCAGAUACAUCCUACAAACAAUAACAGAAUUCUCAAACAUGUCAAACUAUCGCUGUAAAAAUCUGAUUGAAAUUAUGGAAGAGGGGCUGAGAGUCGUCAUCCCUUCUUCCUCGUGUGUGUGUGUGUGUGUGUGUGUGUGUGUGUGUGUGUGUGUGUGUGUGUGUGUGUGUGUGUGUGUGUGUGUGUGUGUGUGUGUGUGUGUGUGUGUGUGUGUGUGUGUGUGUGUGUGUGUGUGUGUGUGUGUGUGUGUGUGUGUGUGUGUGUGUGUGUGAGAAAGAAAGGUAUUUCUCAUUUAAAGUAAUGAGAUUUGUGUUGCAGCUGACGUUUAAACUUGAUCAUAUUUCUGGAGAACCUGCUGUAAAUAAUAAUCUUCACCUGCUCAACCUUUUUCACCUUUCUAUUCCUACCACUGUAUAUUUCUAAGCUUGUAAAUAUAAAAAAUGAGAUGAUGCAGCUUUGUCUCUUCAAGCUCUUGUUUCUGGUCAUGAGGACAAUGAUCAUCUCUCACGCAGCCCCUCUUUACUGUGAUUGAGGCCUUGGAUACGCUUUCUCGCAUCUUUCUGUCCUCCCUUUGAAACCACCAUGCAUAAGAGGAGGGUGGAGAUGAUUAUGUAUUUUAAUUCUAACAUAAAUGUGUGUUUGUGCGCGCUUCAAGUUAGACUUGAGUCAAGAAGAUACUCGGUAGAGGAUGGAGGGUGGGGGGAGGCAUUUCAGUCUGAACCACACUUACUAGGCUUCAACAUGUACUGACUUGAAUAAAAUCCAGAGUUUCAAUUCAACUGGGGGGGAGGUAUUUUAUUUGGUCACUAUUUAUCCCUUGAAUUUCGUUGUUUUAAUUUAUUUGCGCUUUCUGGCUGUAUUUACUGCCUGUUCUCCGUAGAAAUAAUUAUUUUCAUUUACCCACACAGCUGCUGCCAUUUUCUUAUUGAAUUAACGUUUAAGGCCUUCUUUCUUUUUUUGCGCUUCUUGUGUAUUUUUCUACUCGCAGCACCCACAGAUGGUAUCAGGGAGGUGAAGAGAUUUGAGCCCAUAAGAAUUGUUUUGAUAAUGGUUUAUUUUAAUGCUCCAUUUGUUUUGGCCCCUUUACUCUGUUUUAUUUCUUUUUCUAAUGUCUAGCUUUCACCCCCAAAUCCUCUUGUGCUCACAUGGCUUCAUCCCAAAACACUUCUGCAGCUCUUAUCACAUCUGGGGAUAAACGAGGGUCAGCACAACGGCAUCAGCCCUCUUAUUCAGUCAUUGUUGCCACGACGCUGCCCUCUGUCCAACACUCAUGUAGGCGAUCCGUACAGUGAGAGGUGCAGGCCCAGUGUUUCUGUCAAAGCCUCAUUUCUCCUGUGUUUAUCAUUGAGUGUUUGUUGAUUCCUGUGUCAGUUCACAACUUGACUUGCAAAUACAGUUCAUCAAGACACAUUGAGCAUCUGCAGACGUUCCCAUGUAAAGUUGGGGAAUGAUACAUUAUAAGAAAAUGUAAUAACAAAAGAGCAUAUUUGUCACUAGCGUUAGCACAUCCUCAGAGUUGUUUCACUGAAUGAUACACAUCUGUUACCACUUUCUGUAAACUGAAUGUCUGACUUCUCUGCACUCACAAUCAAACAGCUAAACAUCAGCCCAAGUCAGUUUGGUGUGUUCAUAGAAAGCUAGAUAAACUGUUCAAAGUCACCUUUAAAGUUCAACACUUAAAUUGUCCUUGUAAAUAACCUCUUGGUUUCCUCUUGACCUUCAAGACAAGUUUGUUUGAAAAUGACUGAAGAUGUGUGUCUGUGUGUAUUUGAUAAGUUGAAUUGCUAUUACUGCUGUUCUCAUCAAUGAUGCUAUAUCACCGGU